AUAUACAUCAAUGUAAGCCAUUGAGUGCACUGUUUUUCAACCCUAUUUCAUAGUAGAUCACAUGCAUCAUUUAUACACACGCCAUUGCCAGGUCCCACUGUAGCUCAGUUAAGUAUCAGACAUGGAUGUUUUUUCUUUUUCCUUUCCUCCUCUCCUCCACCUUUUUUUCUUUUGGCAGGUCUAUGUAGCCCGGGCUGGCUUUGAACUUGCCAUCUUCUUGCCUCAACUAAGGAGUGCUGGGAUUACAGGUAGAAGACCAGCCAUGGGUGUUAUAUAGGGAAUUCUCUCCUCAGGGAAUUCAAAUGUAGCCAGGAAUGCAAAUCACAAUAGUUCAAGACACUGGCUUCACAGAAGCUGGGUUGAACAAAGGGUUGAAGGUCACAAAGUCCCAAGAACAGGUAAGGGUUCAGGUUCCAGGGCACAGGCCUUUCCUCUCACUAGGGCAAGUUUGCCACACCCUUUUUUAUUUUGUCUAAUACGUAAGGAAAGGGCACCCUCUCCCCCUCAACGUAAAAUCCAGAACCAACUGGAGGGCGGCGAGCCUGAGGUGCUGGCGGGAUCCAGGCUGAGCAGUGGGAAGCGCCGGACUCCAGGCUCGCACAAUGCUGAGCCCUUGAGCCAGCAGUUUCCUAUCUCUGACAAGCCUCCAACACUUGCACUGCCCAGGCCCUCAGAGACUCAUGGUAUAUCGAGGACCCACCCUUCCAGCUCAGACGCAGGCUGUUCUAGGCACUUGGAGCGCGACCACGCCAGAAACUCCAGGGAAUUUACUCUUUCGCAGACUCCGUCGGCGUUAGUCUUUAGUUAUCCGACUUAUUCCGCCAAUGAGAGGCGGCAGAAGCACUACUUCCGCUUUGUGUUUUCGCGAGCCACUAGCCCGCCUCUCGGGUACUCUGAUUGGCAGCCCUCUGUCAACGCGCCAGUUUAUUGGUCAGCGCCAAGACCAAUCCAGCGGGUUCUGAGGCCUGUGUCGGCCGGCCGGCAGCUAUGGCGUCGUAUUUCGAUGAACAUGACUGCGAGCCUCUGGAGCCUCAGCGGGAGGCCCGAACCAACAUGCUGUUGGAACUCGCAAGGUCCCUUUUCAAUAGGAUGGACUUUGAAGACUUGGGAUUGGUAGUAGAUUGGGAUCACCACCUGCCUCCACCAGCUGCCAAGGCUGUGGUUGAGAACCUCCCUAGGACAGUCAUCAGUGGCUCUCAGGCUGAGCUCAAGUGCCCCGUGUGUCUUUUGGAAUUUGAGGAGGAGGAGACUGUCGUUGAGAUGCCUUGCCAUCACCUUUUCCAUUCCAACUGCAUUCUGCCCUGGCUGAGCAAGACAAAUUCUUGCCCCCUGUGCCGCCUUGAGCUGCCCACUGAUGACAACACGUAUGAGGAGCACAGGCGAGAUAAGGCUCGAAAGCAGCAGCAGCAGCACCGACUGGAGAACCUCCACGGGGCCAUGUACACAUGAGGUGGCUAGGGCUGAGCACUCACCCUCUAUAUCUUCCUCUUGCACUUUGAAUCGUCAUUAAAGAUUUCUUUACUCAC